GGGGAGCAAGUGAUUAGUCAAAUCAACCACCACCAUGCCCAACCCACCCAUUCCAGAGCAUCCUGAAAAGACUAUCUGCCAAAAUUUCGGAUGCGGAAACGAAGGAACUAAGAUCUGCACACGCUGCAAAGAGGCAUCUCCUCGUACGAUGUAUUGCAGUGAACUGUGCCAGCAACAGGAUUGGAAGUUUCAUAAGAAAUUUUGCGGAAAGAAAGCAUACACCUUCGAGAUCGAGCUCCUGGGGUCGUGCGACCCUGUUAUUACACGAACUGUGGACGUCCCUGCAUGGUACACCUUCCAAUGGUUCCAUUUCGUCAUUCAGUAUGCUUUUGGUCCGUGGCAGCAAUGUCACUUGCAUGAAUUUUCGUAUUCUGCAUCAGAGCCGAAUCGAACUGGCAUGAUUUCGUUGGAUCCUCCUGAACGAACUGUUCUGAGGAUUGUGGCUGAGGACGAAAGUGCGGAGGAUAUGUAUAUGAGGGGACGAUAUGUGCAUGAGAAUCAGGUGAAGCUUUGUGAUGUUUAUGAUAUCAAUGGGAGGUAUCGCGGGUUGGUGGACGCUCCGGAUGGUGGGGUGUUGCCGUUGGAGUAUCUUUAUGAUUUUGGUGACAAUUGGGAGCAUCUUAUCACUUUCAAGGGAGAGAAGAUGGCAACGGCUGACCGACCAUUAUUUUCAAAGGCUGUUGGGUAUCCCCCAGCAGAGGACGCCGGUGGCGUAUAUGGAUGGGAAGAGGUGAAGAGCGCAUUCGCGGCUGAACAUCCUACGGCAAACCAACUUGAAAGGCGGGAGUGGGCUAUUGAUCGGAUGGGGUACAAGGACCGUCCUAAGGAUCCUCUAGCAGUUGGGGAUCGGCCUUAUAACCCUCAUAAUGAAGUGAAUAUCACGAAGGAAGAUGGGAAAAUCAUUUGGAAGGAUAUCGGGAACCACUUGAGGGAGAGUAUUGAGAGGUGGACGAGGGAGACUGGCCUGAUUGACGGCACAAUGAUAGGAAAUUUCGAGUGUUUUAGAAUUGCUCUCGAGAGCGUAUUUCUUGGUAUCGUUAUAUGCGAUUUGUACAUUACGUCUGUUGCUCAUACACGUAUGCUUUCGAGUCACUCCUCGAUGAUCACGCGUAAGGCUAGUAAUCCCCACUUUAUUUGCUGGUAA